AUGUAAACAGGAAGUGAAGUGCAAGAAGCGGCGAGUUCAACUGAACAAGAACAUCAAACAUUGUGGCAAACUCUUAACGUAUAAUUUCAGCAGUUAAAGAUGUAGAGCUAGCGACUUUUAGCAGCUAGUAGACGGCUCAUAAUGAGCUACAUUUGGACGCUCCGCCGCUAGCCAAACUUUUGCUAGGCUGCUAGUAACUUAGCUAAAGGUUUUAGAGGGUUGUUUUCUGGUUUAUCUGCUCAUUUAGCAUUCUGUUUUGUUUCGUUAGCUAACAAACUUGAUGUACAGUUCGACAAACUGUACAAACAUCUGUAUGUCGCCGCUAUGGGAGACAAGGAGCUGAGUCUUAUCGACAAGAAGAUAACAAGUUUGCUACAUAUUCCCCUGGCUCCUACUGUAACAUCUCUUAAUCUGCACUGCAAUCACAUCCCGAGGAUCGAGGGCCUGACCUCCGCUUGGCACCUGCGGCACUUAGACCUUUCCUCCAAUUGCAUCUCUAAGAUUGAGGGUCUAAGUUCCCUCACUUCUCUGAGGACUUUAAAUUUAUCCUGCAACUUAAUCACCAAGGUUGAAGGACUGAAUGGCCUUGUGAACCUAACAAGAUUAAACUUGUCCUACAAUCAGAUAAAUAGCCUUACAGGCUUUUUGUAUCUUCAUGGCACGGAGUACAAGCUGAAGCACCUCAGUCUCCAUAGCAACGACCUGAACAGCAUUGAUCACUUCCUGCAGUGCCUGCUGGGAUUACAAGGUUUAAGAGAGGUCACUUUAAGCCAGGAUGGCAGAGAUAACCCUCUCUGUAUGUCACCAGGUUACAGGGAGAUUGUUAUGCAGUCGCUGCCACAGAUCACUGUUCUGGAUGGCCUGGACCAGCUGGGAAAUCCAUCACCUCCAAGUCUAGGCAGUCCCUGUGACGUCCCCGGUCUGGAGGACUAUGUAGACCUCCUGCUCUCCUCAGACACAAGUCACAAUGAAGUGGUUAGAGGGGAUGGCCCUCUCAGCACACCCUGCAUUGACCAGCUGCUAACCCAAAUUCGUCACCAGGUUAACUCUGAAACAGUACCAGUCAAACAACCAGAUCAUCAGUGUUUCCAGUCAGGUCGUUCCGCCAUGGCUGAUCCAGCAGACCCUGCUAAUGAACAGCGCAUCAGGAAACUGGAGCACCAGGUGUCCCAGCUCAUCCAGCAGGUCCCUGCAAGUGACAGAGCCAGUAGCUCUGCCCAUCCUGUGAAGAUGGUACAGAAAGCCAAGAGAGACACAGACCGCACUUCAGAAAGUGAGUGUGACAGUGGGAAGGAAAACAGGAGGCGAACAAGGAUUCCCAAAUACCAUAACAGCAUAGCAUCAAGCACAACCACCAAGGAGACCAAGGGCAGAAGAUCAGACAGUGAUCAGGAGAAUCAUAAACAGAAGACUUCAAAGGCUGCUGUGGGGCCCAGGAGGAAGUCUGGCAGCACAGCGGGUGUACAGGCAGCAGGGCCAACCAGGAGGGGACCUCUGAGAGCAGCCAAGACCUCAGGCGAUGUGAAAACCAAGUCUACUGAGGAGGAGGAAACCUAUAGGACAAUUGUGGAGGAGCGUGACCAGGAAAGAGAGAGACGUUGGAAGGCAGAACAAACUGUGAGGAAGUUGACAGAGGAGCUGAAGUCCAUGCAGACAAAGAUUAGCGAGGAAAAAGACCUUCAAAGCAUGGCCCUACACACCACUGACAGAUUGAAAGAUGUGUUGUUGAAAGAGCGAUCAGGGCGCUCUGAGCUACAGGCUCGUGUCGAGGAGCUGGAGGGGAGUUGUCAGUCUCUAAACCAGCAGCUGGAGCAGACCCGUAGCAGUGAAGAACAACACAAGACUGCACUGCGUAGACUGGAAGAAAGUAUCUCCCAUGGAGAGGCACUCAGGGCUUGCCAGCAGGCUGAAGAGUUGAAGCGGUACCAGGAUCUGGAGAACAAGGCAGCAGCUCUGAAGAGGGAGUUGGAUAUCCAGAGAGCCUCGGUACGGCAGCAUAAAGACAAACUGCAACAGCUGCAUGAACUGCUGGCAUCCAGGGAACAAGAGCACAGAAAGCAACUGGAGUUGCGGUUACAACCUGGCGGGGCAGAUUUCCGUGAGGCAGUAGCAAAAGAAGUAGCAUCAGUGGAACAGAGAUACAAUUACAAGGAAGUGGAACUGCAGGAGAAGCUGGCGGAGGGGAGGAAACAGUACGCUGCUCUGGAGGACGAGUUCCGCAUGGCUCUAACCAUCGAAGCCGCUCGCUUCUCUGAGGUGAGGGAGGCGUGUGAUCAGAUGACCGUGGAGCUGAUGGAGCUCAAGUCCACUCUCACUCAGUCACAGCAGAGGGAGAAGAAAUCAAGCUCUCUGGUGCAAGAGCUCACAGCCAUGGUCAAAGAACAGAAGAACCGCAUCUCUGAGCUCAUCAAAGCCAAGAGAGAUGCUGUUACUGAUCUGAAGAGUCGUCUGCAUUCUUUGGAAGCAGAGGUGGGGCAGGACCGGCGUCUCAGUCUGCAGCUCGAGCUGCUCAAGAAAGACAAGGCCCGACUGCUUUCUCAGCUCACAGCUCAGGAGUCGGUGAUAGACGGCCUCAGGGCAGAGAGGAGGAUCUGGGGCCAGGAGCUUGCUCAGCAGGGAGCAUCAUUGGCUCAGGAUCGUGGACGUCUUGAGGCCAGGAUAGAGGUGCUGAGCAAUGAGCUGGAGAAUCAGAAGAAACAGAAUGAAAGGGACAAUGAUGCCCUUAAAAUUAAAACCAAAAUCAUGGAUGACCAGACAGAGACCAUUCGCAGACUCAAAGAGUCCUUACAGGAGCGAGAUGAUCAGACCCGUAAGCUGAGGGAGGAGGUGGUCCAGACGCAGAAGAGAUUUCAGCAGCAGCUGGAGGAGGAAAUGGGCCAGCGGGCAGAGCUGAAGGAGCAACUGGAACAUCUGAGCCUGCGCAAGGAGGAGCUGAAACAGCAGAUGAAAGACAAGGAAGCUGAGCUCGACGAGGUCAGAAGAGUUCACAGUGAUUCCAGUAGGAAGUGGCAGGAGAAGGCGGACCUACUCACCCGGCUGGAGAGCCAGGUGAAGCAUAUGAAGGACAACUUUGAGUCCAAGGAGCGUAUACUGCUGGAAGAAAGAAAUAAAGCAACGGAAGCACACAAAGCUGCAGUGGAGAGGUUACACAGUGUGGACGAUGCUUUUCGUCGACAGCUGGAGUCUAUCCAGGCUACACAUCAAACUGAGCUCCUUCACCUGGCUAAUGAAAAACAAAAAAAGAUAGAACAAACCAAUCAGAAGGUAUUUGAGGUGGAGGAAGAGAUGCGUCAGCUAUUGGAGGAGACCGAAACUAAGAAGCGAAUCAUGGAAGAGAAGAUGAAACGUCUCACCAGUGUACUAAAAGACUUUUAACACAUGAAAUGUGGAUUAACACUGGAUAUUUGUCAUUUUAAAAUUACCUUACAGUUACAAUACAGUUGUAAUUUAAAAAUUAAAUUUAAAAUUUACAACUGUCCAGUGUUAAUCCACAUUUAUAAUCCAUACAUUUUUUAAUACCACAUUUUGUGUAUACUUUAAAUUCAGUCAUUCUUGUAUCUUACCAUAGUGUGAUUUAUGUAAAUAAACUCCCUGUUGUGCCUAUUUUUGUUUUGUGUUAUAAGAUAAGAUGGGAAUUUAUUGCACAGAUUUGGGUGGACAGUUUGUGUGAAGACUGGACAGGUUUACUGUAGUUUACAAUGAAUCACAGUUCUCCUAAAGUCAACUAAAUAUAAAAUAGAGCAAAACUGAAAGCAUAACAGCACAGCAAAAAUAUUUACACUGUCAGGGGAUUUUAUGAAGUUUGCUACAGUUUUGUUGUAGCUUUGCUGGCAAUAGAGUGCGUAUAACAAAUGUUUGAUAUAUAAUGAGAAGUAGACAUUACAAAACUAUGAUAUUAUUUAAGGUUAUGAAAUAUUGAUUCAAAUUUGUAGUUUAGUGAGUACAACAGUUGGGCUAUCAUAUUGUUACUUGAUUUAUUGUAUAAUAAUAUCAAUAAAAGUGAUUAUUUUCAGUUU